AUGAAUCUUAGAGAAAAUAUUGCGGAUUUGUCAACCAAUCAAGGUAAUAUUUUGGACAGAUUAGAACAUGUCACUUCUCAUGAAGUCUCUGAAGAGGAAUCUGAAGAUGUGUUCGAUAUUUCGUGUGAAGAAAUUGAUGAGCAGAAGUUAUUUAAUUGUUACAAAAAUGCUACAAUUUGACAUGAAGAAGAGCAAAAGGCUCAUGAUGAGAAUCAACAACCUGAUAAUGGCAUUCCAAGCAAAGGAGAAGUUUGAAGUAUCAGUUCAGACCUUGAAUGGGUCGAUAUUUCACUAGAGAAUCGGAAAGAUUCUUCUAAAAUAUCAGAGAAAGAUGACUCUUUUGAUAUAAAAGUCUUCAAUCAACCAGUCCAUCCUUCUGAUAUCAUCAAGAAAGAUAAGAUCCAAGUGACCCCUUUCAGGGCUAAUUCUUGCUUGGAAUCUAGUGGCUUAAAGAACAAUUGUCAGGACUCUUUAAAGCUCGACAAAAAUAAGGUCUCGGAUCCUGAGUGAAAGCAAUUUAAUGGAGAUGUAGACCUAUUUCUGAGUAUAUACUGCUCCACAGCUGAAAUCAAUCAGACUUGCACCAAAGAUAUGAAGUCAAAGCGAGAGGAACUGAUACAUCUGCGGAAAGAGAACCAAAAAUUAGAGGCACAAACAGAGGCACUCAGAAAGAAUAUUUUAAGUAUUGAGGAUCAAAGUCUGCACCUAAACUCUGAGCUAGAAGAGUCUGAGAAAGCAAAUAGCAGUGAAAUUGAUAUUCUUGAAGCUCAAAUCUUGGAUCUACAGGAAUCCGAAAGCCGACAGAGCUCCUUGCUUGAGAAAAAAUCAGUGGAGAUUCAGCAGUUGAACCAAAAUUUGCAAGUAAUCCUAAAGAAGAAGGUAGAAAUAUCUAACAAGGUUCACUCAGAAAAGAAAUCUAGAGCUCUUCUAAAUUCUCAAUUUGUUAAGACAAAUGAAAAAUUAGAAGUUUGCUAUGAUCAGAAGAGAGGGAUUCUGAGAACCCUCAAGAGAAUUCAGGAACAAAGAGACCGGAUUGUAGCCGAGCUUGAGCAGUAUAAAUCUAAAUGCACAGAUCUCCAAAGCAAACUUGACUCUACUCAAACUGAAUUUUUCACUGCCAACAAGACAAACAGCCAAGUAUUAGAGCUGCGGUCAAGUAAGGCCCUCUUAAAACUCGCUCUUGAAAACAAGUCUAAACAGCUUGCCACUCUUCAGGAUCAAUACAUUGCAUUAAAGAAGAGUCAAAGGCAUAGACUAAAUGUCUUAAACUACCAAAAAGCUAUUAAUCCAGCUAAAAGCUACCACUCAGGCCAAUCUACUAAACCCAACUGAAAAGAUACCCCAAAGAACCCCUGCUUCAAAAGCUCUCUCCAAAAAGCCCUGGACGAAGUCACCACCGAUAACCAGAACAAAUCCAAAAUGAUCCACCAACUCAAGCAUGAACUCAGCACCUUAAAUCCUAACAAAAAGAUUCCAAGAGUUAUGGAUGCUUGGCCUUCGGGAACCCCUAAUCAUAUCCAAGAUGAUCAAGAGAAGGGGAGAAGGCAAAUUCAGAGUGAAAAUAGUGGAAGUCAGAUAGAAAGGCCGUCACAAGGCAUCUAUUUUAGCAAGUUUAGAGAAUCUACAAGAACAACCGAGUCUAGGUCUAUGCUCUCAAAACAACAGGAGUAUUUACACACUAGCACUUUUGGGUAUUCUAGGGAAAGUAAUCCCCACAAAGUGGACUCUCACCAUGAUCUUAGCCAAACUGAAGUGCAGAACCCGGAAAUUUAUGAAGAAGAAAAGAUAAAAGAUCAGACCACAGUGAAAGAGUCACUUAGCGAUACUUGACUGAAGGAAGAAAUCAUGAAAGAGCUUAGAAAUGCUCAUAGUAAACUUGACCAUCUCUACCAGAAUGUCUUGUACCAAGAAUCUACUCCUCAAAAAAGAAGGGAAAGAUUCAAAGUAGCUGCUUUGAGAUGCAAGAAAUUACGCCAUAUUGGCCCAUUCCAAUAUGGUACAACACCAAAGAAGGUUUACCAUUAUGGAAGACAUCAGAGAUACUCAAGAAUGAGAAGAAUAUCUAAAGUAACCCAGUUCUCACCGCCAAAGAAGCAAGUGAAUCAUUCUGUUUAUCAUGAAUACCCUCUUGAGCAUAGUUCUGGUCUCAGGAUCUUAGACCAGCCGAUAAUCAGACGUAACUGAAAUAUGAGAGGCAGUAGGAGCUUCGACAGACUUCAUUACUAA